AUGGAGACCUUGUCGCGCUCCCGGAAUCAUCUGAUUGGAGUCUACCACCACCGCUCGGACGAGUGGAAGCAGCGGCAAAGAAAGCAGCGUGCAUCAAUCCGACUGAGGGAAGACAGCACAGCUUGGCUACUCCUGGAGCUCGACAGCACGUGGUGGCAGCUGAGGGCGGCUUUCGACAAGUACCUGACGCAAGCCAGGAGCUAUGCAUUGGCCUUUUCCGAUGUGAAACUCGUCCAAUCGUACAUCUCCUGCUCGCUCCAGUUUCUCGAUCUACGUGCAGGCUACGGGGUCUUUCAGAAGGUGGAGGCUCUCCACGAAGAGGCACUGCAAGAGGCUUGGUCUGCCAUGAUUCCUCUGGCAGGCCUCCUGGUCUCGAAGGUUCUGGAUACCCGCGCUAUGACCAAGCUGAGUGAGGAAGAUGCGGACACCGCACUGGUCUUGCUGACCUCCGAGUCCUGCGGCCGCUUCGAGGCUUUGGUCAACCAGAGCUUCGACGAGGGCCUGUCUGGCCAGACGGCUCGGCAGAUGAGCAUUCUCUUCAAGGAGCUCGGGUUGCUUCGGAGAGCCUUCCAAGCCAAAGGCGCCGAAAAGCUGCAGGACCCGGAGGCUUACGAGCAGUUGCUGGAUCGCGCCCGGGAAGCCUUCGAGGAGAGACUUGCCGUACGGCGAGUCCUGGCUGAGCGCAUGCGGCCACAGCUUUGUGGCAACCGCUCUGCUAAGCGAAUCUCUGAUGGUGGCACGAAGUGA